UCCAUGUUUACUCUGAUGUUGUGGCAGGACCUGGCAGUUGGUCUGAAGAAAGCUCUGUCUGGAGAUCUGGAGAAUCUGCUGCUGGAACUGCUGAUGCCUCCUCUGCAGCAUGAAGCUUACCGCCUGCAACAGGCCAUGGUGGGUUUAGGCUCAGAUGAGGAAACACUACUGGAGAUCCUGUGUACGCGAUCUGGAAAGCAGCUUCGAGAAAUCAGUGCUGCAUACAGACAAUUGUAUAAAAAGGACCUGGAGAAUGAACUGAUAGGAGAAACCAGUGGAGACUUUGCUAAGCUUGUUGUGGCUUUGUUGAAUAAAGAAGAUGUUGCUUGUGGAGUUCGAAGAGAUAUUGAGGCUCUCUACGCAUCACUGAACGGGAAAAAAGCAGAAGCAAAACCGUGGAUUGACAUACUGACCUCCAGAGACUCAGACCAUCUCAAGAAAGUACUGAUGGGACUGGAGCUGGAGAGUGGACAGAUGGUGGAUCAGACUGUGGAGAAAAGGUUUUCAGGAGACUUUCGACUGGGUUUGAAAGUUUUAGUACAGUGCAUUGAAAACCCGUAUGCCUACCUUGCCAAAAGACUAGCUGACACAAAGGUAAGAAGAUGCUGUCAUCAACUGUCUUUUAUUUUAGUGAUUUAUGUUAGCUGAAAAAUUAUCAAACUGCUGUUACUGACUGAUGGAUGGAUGAAGUGACAUGAGAAAUGCUGCACUUCCUACCAUGAAAAAUCACCAAUAGAAGCUUUUAAACACAACCAGACA